AUGCUGAUAGGAAUUUGUGGCGCGAAAUGUGCCGGUAAGAGCACCGUAGCUCAGUACCUGAUAGAGCAUCACGGCUUCAAGAAGCUACACUUAAAAUUGUCAGCACCUAAGAGUGAGACUCACUCGGACACAUUCGAUUCCGAUUCCGAUUUAGAUUUGAUCAUCUCCGAUGCCUCUAAGAAAGGUCUUCCUCUAUCUCGGAAGCUAUUCCCGUCCUAUACCUUCUCUACAACUACGGCCCUUCUGGAUUUCGUAACAAAGCACUGGCGCUCGCGCUGGGUCACAACAGACGUUCAUGAUGAGGCCGUCCUCGAGACCUUGAGUCGACGACCAUUCUUCAUUCUAAUCAGCGUCGACGCGCCUCUGACUGUACGGUGGCAGCGUUACCAGCGACGAAGUAGUGAGAAACAGGAGACAGAAAACCAAGACCCCAUCAGUCUAGAAGAGUUUGUAUCCCAAUCUGAUCAGCAUCUCUAUGAUGUCUCAUACGGUGUUCUUCCGCUCAUGUCACGGGCCGCGAUCCGGUUGCUGAACACCUCUUCGGACCUUGCACACCUGUAUGCCACGCUGGGUAAGCUGGAUUUGACGAAUCCUGACCGUCUGCGCCCUAGUUGGGAUAGCUACUUCAUGGCUUUAGCGUCACUCGCAGCGCAGAGGUGUAAUUGCAUGAAACGCGCCGUAGGGUGCGUAUUAGUAGAUUCCAAGCAUCACGUCAUCAGCACGGGCUACAACGGGACCCCACGGCACCUAUUAAAUUGCGGCGAAGGCGGCUGUCCGCGGUGUAACUCGGGAGAGAGCAGCGGAGCGGCAUUAUCUACCUGUCUUUGCCUUCAUGCGGAGGAAAAUGCCUUAUUAGAAGCCGGUCGUGAGAGGAUCCGCGACGGAAGCAUUCUGUACUGCAACACAUGUCCAUGCUUGACGUGUAGUAUCAAAAUUGUACAGGUUGGUAUCACCGAGGUAGUAUAUAGUCAAGGAUACAGCAUGGAUACGGAAACGGCGGAAAUCUUUCGGAACGCUGGAGUAAAGUUAAGACAAUUUUCUCCGCCGGCUAACGGACUAAUACAUCUAGAGAAGAUGGAGCUCUACUGA